AGAGAGUGAGCAACGCACUUCAGAGGACAACACAGCGAAUUUAAAGCCCCUGUACUCCAGUACACAAGAAUCUUGAUUUAAUCACCAUAUUUUAAUUAUGUGUCAGCACCAUAGCCCGCAGUAGGAGGACGUUUGUUUGCUGUCCGUGCACAUUUCUCGCACUUUUUGCGGGACUAUGGCGGUGGAGCUGGUGGGGAAGCGCUGCCUCUGCGUGAGCGGCGGAGAGUCGCUGGAGCUCGCGGGAAUCUCGCGCUGGAGCUGGAGAGCCGGAGUCAUCCGUGCGACCACCGACCCGCCUGCGCUAACGGUGUGUGUGCACUGGGACGGAGAGCAGUGUGCGGAGGGGAAGUGGAGGAGACUCAGAGAGGAAUGUGAGGUGGUUUUGUUGGAGCAGGAACUUGUCUGGGCUGCCAGAAGAACCAGCACCAACAACAGCAGCGCACAUGAGAAGAAAAGCUUGCAACCUGCCCUGAGAUUCCAGCCUCUUAUUGGUCAGUCAUGUGUGGGAGGCGUUUCAGUGGUGGAGUUCAUUUCUGACAGACAGCUGGAGUUUUACAUGGAAAAGGAGGACCUUCAGCCAUUCAAGGAGGAGGCGGACAGUGGAAAUCCAGCUGUGCGAGAUGAUCCGUCUCUGCAGAAACAGGUCCAGGCCUGGCUCAAGCAGAACCACUUCCAGAACAUUCUUCAGCAAGGUGCUUUACCUCUGAGGGGUCUGAAAGUGAAAGUGUUCAGGCAGGACUCCAAAACCCAGUGGUUGUCUGGAGUCAUCACACACCACGACCAGAACAAGAGAACCAUGGCUGUCAUGACUGACCAGGUCCGAGAGAUUGUCAGUGUCGAUCCAUUGCUGGUUCAGAUGACGUUACUAGAUGAUAUCUCACACUCUGCACUGAAGGGAGAAAACUCAAAACGCAAAUCUCAUAUCACCAAGAUCAAAAGGAUUGUGCUUGGCACAGGAAACAGAUCAAGCAACACUACAGCAAAUGACCAGGUGUGCAGUUCCAGGCCAGUGCAGCAACAGUUAGAACUGUGCAAACAGAACUGCAGCAUUGAAGAGGAUGAAAAAGAUGAGAUGAAGGAGAAAAAGAGAACUGAUGAAGGGAGAGGAGAUUCCUCCAAAUCUAAAAACAGCCACAGUGAGCGAAAAAGGAGGAAAGAAGAGGAGGAAAAAGAUGAAAAGGAGAGGAGUAGAUGUGGAUUGAAAAGGUUGAAAGCAGGCAGCAUGUCCGAACUGUCUGAAAACAGCGAUUCUGAAAAUUCCAGCUGCAGAGUGCAAGAUUCAUCCUCGGAUUCAGGAUCAAAGAGACAGCUGAAACAGCGUUACAUUUCAAAGAGGCAAUUGGACUGUGAGACUCAACCCUCCCACAAAUGCGGUGAACCUUCACCCAACCAAUUGAGAGAUAGUGAGGGUCAGAAAUCUGGCAAAACUACUCAGUCCCAUUCCCCUAGUGCAUCUUGCAACAGUGCUUUCAAAAACACUGAGGCAGCAGAGUGUGCUGCCAGAUUUAGUGGCAAAGCAGAGGAGAGAAGUGAUGUAGGGAUAUCAGAAAUAGAGGACAGGAGUGAGGGGGCGUCUCGGGAGGACUCUGAGGCCGUGUCGGCGCUGCUGGCAUCCCAAGCGAGCGAGCAGCUGGUCUCCAUGGAGACCACAUGUGUGCUAUUACACACAUCACCUGUGGAGUGUGAAGGUGCAGAGGUUCAGCAGGAAAUGUCGAUGUGUGAUCCGGAGGUCAGAGGGUCAGAGUUCACUCAUGCAGAGGCUAGGGGGUCGGAGUUUAGCCAAUCAGAGGUCAGGAGGUCAGAAUUGGCCCAUUCAGAGGCAAUUACACCCAGCAGUGACUCCACAGUCUCUGUAGAAGAGGAGCCUAGAGGAGUGCCGCCUCGCUCGCCCAUCAUAACUUACAACAAAAAGGAGGUGGAUAUGGAUUCUAAACCGAAUUGUUCUCCAGGAACGAUGAACACAGAAUAUGGACCUGUAAUUUCCUUGGAAACUAACCACAAGCCCAGUGUGCACCCCAGUCCUUGCCCCUCUCCGGAGUGCAUAUCAAAACCUCAGACUGUAUGUGAGUCAUCUAGACAGAAACAGAGUACAUCCCUAGAAAUGGGCAUAUUGAAGGGGGGAUCUCCUGUGGCUGAAUCUGCCAUGGAUAGAACUCCUACCAGCUUAAAAACAGCUCCCAAUCAUAAAUUGACCUGCUCCACAGCUCCAGUCCUGACCCAGUCCCCUUCUCCAACCCCAACUCGAUCCAGAACACCAACACAUUCUCCCCAUACACCUAAUUGCACUCCCACCCCAGACAAGUCCACCAAAAGCCCCCUCAUUGUGGACAGAAAGGAGCCCUUCACCGUCUAUAGAGACCCUGCACUAGUGAGGGUGGAGCUGGAGACCCACCCCACCUACAGCCAGCCUCCUCACACUCCCCCAAACCCCAAACACCACCUGAAGACCCCAUCUCCUUCCUCCAGCUCUCCAAGUCUGACCCCUUCCUCCUCCCAUAGCAGGCUACUAAGUUCCUCCCCUCACCCUGCACACAUUUCUCCAAUUCCUCUCCAUUCCCAGCCUCCACUCUGCUCCCUCAGCAUGCCUCAUUCAACCAUCCCUCACCCACACCUCCUCCCAUCCCUCCUGUCUUCACUCUCCCCAUCUGCCACACUCCUGGCCGGCCACCCUCAUAUCAGAGCUCUGGGGCUUCCCCACCAUCCUCUGACCCUUCCGGGCAACCCAUCUCUUCUGGGCCAGACUUCCAGCUCAGCUUCUCUGGCACCCCUUGGCCUUUAUCCCCUCCUCUGGCCCUCUUUCCCCAAUGGAACCCACAGCUAUGCUGGACUAGGCCUGCCAGCAUCCAAAUGGACACACCCAGAUGCAGCUGGUAUCUCUGACAGCAGCGUGAGGAGGGACACCCCAUGCCCUUGGCUUCCUCAGCCCACCCCUGUGACGAGUGCAGACAGUCAAGGGUUGCAACAUGCGCUGCCUGUGCGACCCUCCAGUGCUGACCCUCAGAGAAUGUCCAGGACCUCUCAACCUUGCACACCCUCCUCCAAAACCACAGAAGAGUUUGACAGAAGAAGAGUCACAGCGAGUCCAAGCUCCAUCCACACUCACUUCAAGUCCGAGCAGGAGCAUGUCCGGGCAGCAGCGGGGAAAACCGGACAGACUUACUGCCCAGUUGCCCUUGAGUCGCCCUCGAGUCGAACCAAGCAGCCAAUUGUUGUUUAUGAUCUCACAGGUGAGAAGCCAAACCGCUACCAGGAAGAAAACCGACGCAUUCUUCAGGAGAGCAUUGAGGUGGCACCGUACACUGCUAAACUGGGCUCUAAUAGGGAGUCACGAUAUUCUAGAAGCCCCACAUCCACCCUUCCUUCCAAGGAGCGGGAGAGAGAGAUGGAGAGGGAGAGAGAAACAGAGCAAGACAGAGAGCUAGAAGUGCCUGCAUUCAGACACACUCUUCCUCCCCGACCGCAGUCAGCCCACCCAACUCCCACCCUUACACAGAGCAGCUACUACACCUCUCUUUCCAACACUGUGGAGAACAAACCUCCACAGCGCAGAGCACCAGCCAGUAAAGAACUCUACGAGACACUUAGUGCCAGCAACACCGUUGCGUCUGCCAUGACUUCAUCCAGCUUACAGAGCUCCAUCAGGGCCAGACCUCCGCCUCUUGUUAUACAGCACCACAAGAAAGAGGAGGGUCUCCUGGGUAAGAUCACAGAGCAACUGGCUCAUAAAGCUUCCACAAUGGAACAACUGGAGGUAGCAGCUUUGGAGAGAACGGGGUCAGGCUCUUCUCUCAUUUCAGUCUCCUCUUCCUCCCGCAAUGUGCCUUUACUCCACCGAGCCCCGAUUUUUCACCCUCCAGCACCUCCUAUCGUGGUUUCUAAAGACUCUGAACAUGGUAGAUUGUCCCCGCCCACCCUCACACCCAUUCAGCCAAUGAGCUUGUCUGAUAAAAGUCAGAAGCAGCAGAGACCGCCCACCCUGUUGCCUGAACUCAGACAUACUGCUGUAGAUGGGAAAAGGCCUGUUCCAGAUAAAGUAACAGUGGCAUCACAUGCUUAUGAUACUCAGCGGGGUGGAGUUUUGCACAGUCGUGAGAGAGGGGCUGUUGGGCACACAACAAAUGGUGGUGUUGUCAGACCACAAACAGCCACUGCAUCAGUUAUUGUUCGACCAACAAGCCACACGCACACAACAAUCAAUUACACAGUCUCCAACAGUUCAGUUUCACAGAUGCAUUGUGGUCACAUGAGACCUUUGGAAAGUUUGUCCAACCCACACUCUAAGAAUGGUAGUGUUCAGCAUAAAAGAGGAGUCCUCUGGACCCCUCUGGAUACUGUUCACCCCAUCAACAUGGCGGCCCCAAAAGCGGAUCUCAAUACUCCCAUAAACAUGAAAACUACUCCUAUUAAUACAGCUCAACCAAGUCACAGAGUGACGCACCUAUUAACAAAUAUGGACACCACACACUCUAGAGUAGAUCUAAUCACCAACAACUGCAAGAGAAGAGACGGUGGGGCUGUUCAGCCAAAGACAGAGCCUUCUCCCACUUCCUUUUGCUCUUCUAGGGACUUUCCUCAUCUAAAGAAACACAGAGCUGGACUGGCUGCUGUCGAAUCCAGACAUAACACACAUACAAUUCAGCCUCAACACACUAUGAAUUCUUCAAACGCUACGAAUCAUAUCUCACACCCCUCUAACAGUAGGUAUGGCACUUACAUUUCACUCAGUACACACACAGUGUGUUCUGCCCAUGCUCUGGAAUCUGAGAAAGUGUCUGUAUUCAACCCCAGUCCUUCUAAAUGUCCCAGUGUAGCAUCAGGGAUGGCCAACCCUGAACCCCUAACCAAACAAAGCUUGCUCACCAAGGAGCAGCCAUCUGCCUCGGCCCUCAGCAACCAAUCAGCUCAAUCAAGUCAGAACAACUAUCAUAAACUGAAAAAAGCCUGGUUGACACGCCAUUCUGAGCAAGACAGAGACAGUACAACCUCCCAAAUAGCAGACGGCACUAAGACAUCUGUAACUCAGACCAACAUAACAAGCACCUCUGAGCCAAUCAAACAGGAAGUAAAUGGACUGCUGGAUAGUUUGUCCGGUCAGGAGGACAAAGAUUCUGCACUAGACAGCAGAAAGUCCAAAAUACUGGACAGGAAGUGUGGUUCAGAGGAGAAGAAGCCUACUCAAGUAAACAGGAAAUCAGAGGACCGAAAAUCUAAUGGUAAUGCUACAAGUACCAGUACAGAAGACAAAAAAUCAGUCAUAGCAUAUGAGAAACCAGUGAUGGCAGGCAAGAAGUCUUCCUUGGAGGAUGUCAAACCUGUCUUGGACAGAAAUGGCAAGGUGGAGGGCAAGGAGUCCUCCCUUGUGGACAAAAAGUCUAAUGGAAAAAGAUCAACCUUGGUGCAUAUAAAGGCUGAGGAGAAACGGGGGGAGAAACGGCCAUUAGAGUCCAGCGGUGAAAACGAGGGUGGAGGAGACUCAGGCAAUGAAAGCGAGAGCGGUGGAUCAGGACAGAAGUUAAAAUGGCAGUCCAAGCUCUCUUUUAAAAUAAAGCAGAAUGACCAAGAGAAGAAGAAUGUGGAGAAUAAAGGAGAGGAGGAGGAAGAAGAGGAGGAAAGCAAACCGAACGGAACAUUGCAAAGUCCAAAAGACAAGACUCAACAGAGAGUGUCGAACAGUAAUGGCAUCCCUCGUUCUGUGCUGAAAGACUGGCGGAAAGUGAGGAAGCUCAAGCAAACUGGAGAAGCUUUCUUACAGGACGACUCAUGUGCUGAGAUCGGCUCCAACGUGCAGAAGUGCCGAGAGUGUCGCUUGGAUCGCAAGCGUAAAGCUGAGGAGCCUGCCAUCUCACCCGUAUUUUGCCGAUUUUACUACUUCCGUCGUUUGUCGUACAGUAAGAACGGCGUCGUCCGUGUGGAUGGGUUUUCGGUGUCCGAGCAGACAGAUGAGGAGGCGGUUACAGUAUGGACGGGCAGCUCAGAGGACGAGAAGGACAAGAAGAGGAAACAGAUGAACCUUGAGAUGUCCAAAUAUGUCCUCUCACUCAUUGGAGACAAGUUCUGCCAGCUCGUAAAGACUGAGAACACUGCUGUCACCUGGGUCAAAAAAGACACUCAAGUCAUGUGGAAACGAGCUGUGAGGGGUGUGAGGGAGAUGUGUGAUUCGUGUGAGGCCACUCUUUUCAACAUGCACUGGGCAUGUCAUAAAUGUGGCUUUGUGGUGUGCAUGGACUGCUACAAAGCCCGUGAGAAGAAAAAAGCCAAAGAUAAGGAGCUGUACGCUUGGGUCCGGUGUGUGAAAAAUCAGCCCCAUGACAUAAAGAACCUAAUGCCGACUCAGAUUGUCCCAGAAACAGUGUUGGCGGACAUGCAGAGCUCUGUGCACUCGAUGAGAGAAACAUUUGGAAUCUCUUUCCACUGUCCCUGCACUGACAACAAAACCCUGAAUCCCAGCACGGCCACUACCAACGGACUCUCACCACUUUCAGACAGAGACCAGAGUGACCAGAAGAGCCGACAGACCCCAGAUAAACAAAAGGAUGGACAACACACCACACUGAGAUUGCACACUGAGAGAAAAGAGAAGGCAGAGGGUGAUGGUGUGGAAGCUCACAACAAGAAGUCCUCCAGUCCAGAACAAGGAUCAACACUGCGUGACCUUUUGACAUCCACAGCUGGGAGGCUAUGUCUUGGGUCCUCUGGAGGCGCCUUUGCUCCAGUUUACGACUCAUCUGAACAGGCAGCCCAAAACACUCGCGUACCCAACAUCCUGGAUGACAUCAUCGCUUCUGUAGUAGAAAAAAAGAUUCCUGCUACAAAGACAGCCAGGAUGGGGCUGAAUCAGGAUUUGCUGCCAGAGGAGGAGGCGGGGCAGCUACCAGAGGGGGUGGAGUUUGAUGAAAGCCCACUGGCUGAUCCCCACACCAUUGUUCCUCACGAUUGGCUAGGAAACCAUCGGCUGCUUUGGCUGAAAGAUCACCGUCACCUAGGCAACCAAAGACUGUUCAAAGCUAACUGGACACAAGAGCAGCCAGUACUUGUGUCCGGAUUGCAUAAGAUUUUGAAUGCUAGCCUGUGGAAGCCUGAGCACUUCAGCCGUGAGUUCUCCAAUCUUCACAGUGACCUCUACAACUGCCGUGACGGGAGCAUUACAAACUCCAAGGUCAAGGAUUUCUGGGAUGGUUUUGAGGACGUUUCAAAGAGGCCAAAAUCUGCGAAUGGGGAGUCAGUGGUGUACAGGCUGAAAGACUGGCCAUCAGGGGAGGAGUUUCUGGCCCUAAUGCCUGCCAGAUAUCAUGAUGUGAUGAAGACUUUGCCAGUACCGGAGUACACAGACCCAGAGGCUCAUCUGAACCUGGCCUCACACCUGCCCUCCUUUUUCAUCCGACCUGACCUUGGUCCUCGCCUCUGCUGCGCCCACGGUGUGACAGCAUGCCCAGAGCAAGACUUCGGGACCAGUAACCUGCAUGUUGAAAUUUCAGACACUAUGAGUAUUCUGGUGUAUGUUGGGAUGGCCAAAGGAAAUGGGGCCCCAUCCAAAACAGGUAUAUUGAAGCUCAUGGAGAGAGAAGCUCUAGAUGAGAGUGUAAAGAAAAGACUGAGAGAUCCUAAUGAGACUCCAGGUGCUCUGUGGCACAUCUACAUGAGUAAAGAUAUGCCAAAAAUCCAGGAGUUUCUACAAAAGGUCGCUGCUGAGCAGGCUGAGGCAGAUCCAGACUCAGACUCAGAGUGGGACAGCGAUGCAGACCCCCUCCGUGAGGGCAGCUGGUAUCUGAGCCCCAGGCUGAGACAGAGGCUGCAGGAGGAACAUGGUGUGGAGAGCCACACACUCCUCCAGUUCCAUGGAGAUGCUGUUAUCAUCCCUGCUGGAGCUCUGCACCAGGUGAUGAAUCUGCACAGUUGCAUCCAAGUGAAUGUGGACUUUGUGUCCCCUGAACAUGCACACAACUCCUAUUACCUAACCCAGGAGCUCCGCCCUUUCAAAGACCAAGUAAACUAUGAGGACAAACUCCAGGUGAAGAACAUCUUUUACCACUCUGUGAAAGAUGCUGUGGCCACACUAAGGAAGCAUUUGAAGGAGAAAAACUUAGAGGUGGUGAAAGAGGAGGAGUCCUGACGGUGCUCUUCUUUCUUCUCAGUCCAAACAUUUGGAGAAUAAAGACAAUCUCAAGAUUCUCCAGGCAGGAACCUUGUAGACAUGAUACCAAGAAAAUUGACCUUUCAUGUGCAUCUCUGCAAGGCUCUGUCACUUCCUCUGUGAUGUCACUGUCUUCUCUUUGAUUUGAUUUUCCACUUUCCCAUUGUGUCUUCCUGCUUAGACAGGAAGUGAGGUAAGGGGUGGUGGUACGAAAAACAGAGAGAUGAAAGUAGUACAGUGUGCUCUCGAGCCAGGGGCAAUGGGCCUCAAUGUCAACACUUCCAAGUGCAAAGACAAUGGAAAAGCAUUGGAAAGAACAACACUGGUAAAUAAACUUUUUCCAAAGGCGAUAAAGAUUUGUGACAUUUUCUUUAUCAGUAGUUCUUGCGCUGUUUUUUGGACAGUUGGGAGAGAGCAGCGCUUCCAACCCAAUCAGAGCAGCAUUCCAUCAUGCCAGCAGCUGCCAAACUGACAGGUUUUAUUAUGUUUAAAGGCAACAUUAAAUUAUUUACAGUUUGGCAAGUAUUCACUGUGCAGAGGGAGAAUUUUAGAGAAAUUGCAGUCUAUUCUGUUUGUAUGAAAAAAAAAUCUUGUGAAAUUUUUAACUGAAAUGUACAAUGUAAAUAGCAGAAUAUACAUACAUACACACACACACAUAUAUAUAUAUAUAUAUAUAUAUAUAUAUAUAUAUAUAUAUAUAUUAAUUAUGAUUUUCUAUAACCAUGUGCUUUAUUUGCUGUAUGUGUUGUUUCCUACUGUAUGUACAUUGAAGUUCAAAGAGAUGUUUUACAUUUCCCAUUAAAAAUUGAUUAAUAAUAAAAAAAAACUCUUUUUACUCUUUGCAUGCUCCUUUAACAUAAAAUAAAAAAUAAAAUAUGUUUUAAUUUAAAAGUCCAAUUCACUUCACUGAGUGGAGUGUCCACUUAAUAUUUACAUUUACAUUUAGUCAUUUAGCAAAUGCUUUUUUAUACAAAGCAACUUAUAAAAUGAGGAGCAUAAGCAAUUCUUCAAACAAAAGACAACAACAUCUGCAGUAUCGCACUGCUAAGUUCUAAUUGUAGCUGAAGUAGUACAAGAGUUAGAGCAGAGGAAAGACAGAAAAAAGAAUGUUGAAUGCUUGAAUUUGAUUGGUUGACGGACGUUCUAAGGUGUGCAGUUAUUUUCCAGUAAAUGCAUGGCUAUAAAAUAGUUCCAGGUUUUGACCGCAUAACGGUUCCAUAUCACUUCACCAAAUUAUUUAAGUUAUUUCAAAGAGCCGUACAGGCUACCACAGCAAAAUAACCAAUUAAUACAAAGACAUUGGUUAAGCACAUCGGAUAAGAAUGACAAUGUCUAUAAUAUCCUAAAUUUAUUUCAGUUUUGGUUGAAAAGCACCCUCGUGCUCUCUCUAUCUUUCGCAGUCGUCUCAUGCACACUCACACACUCUGACAUUGACACACAUUCAUAUGCGCACAGGCAUGCAUACACACACACACACACACAGAAGUAAACACCCCUGCGACUUGAUCAAUACAACAUUUUCUAUUUUAUCUGAAAUAUCUGUGGGAAGCAUCCUCGCACUCCCCCUCCCCCUCUCUUUCGCUCAGUCACACAGACACACGUGGACACGCAUACACUAUAUUGCCAAAAGUAUUCGCUCACCCAUCCAAAUAAUUGAAUUCAGGUGUUCCAAUCACUUCCAUGGCCACAGGUGUAUAAAAUGAAGCACCUAGGCAUGCAGACUGCUUCUACAAACAUUUGUGAAAGAAUGGGCCGCUCUCAGGAGCUCAGUGAAUUCCAGCGUGGUACUGUGAUAGGAUGCCACCUGUGCAACAAGUCCAGUCGUGAAAUUUCCUCGCUACUAAAUAUUCCACAGUCAACUGUCAGUGGUAUUAUAACAAAGUGGAAGUGAUUGGGAAUGACAGCAACUCAGCCACAAAGUGGUAGGCCACUUAAAAUGACAGAGCGGGGUCAGCGGAUGCUGAGGCGCAUAGUGCGCAGAGGUCGCCAACUUUCUGCAGAGUCAAUCGCUACAGACCUCCAAAGUUCAUGUGGCCUUCAGAUUAGCUUAAGAACAGUGCGUAGAGAGCUUCAUGGAAUGGGUUUCCAUGGCCGAGCAGCUGCAUCCAAGCCAUACAUCACCAAGUGCAAUGCAAAGCGUCAGAUGGAGUGGUGUAAAGCACGCCGCCACUGGACUCUAGAGCAGUGGAGACGCGUUCUCUGGAGUGACGAAUCACACUUCUCCAUCUGGCAAUCUGAUGGACGAGUCUGGGUUUGGCGGUUGCCAGGAGAACGGUACUUGUCUGACUGCAUUGUGCCAACUGUGAAGUUUGGUGGAGGGGGGAUUAUGGUGUGGGGUUGUUUUUCAGGAGCUGGGCUUGGCCCCUUAGUUCCAGUGAAAGGAACUCUGAAUGCUUCAGCAUACCAAGAGAUUUUGGACAAUUCCAUGCUCCCAACUUUGUGGGAACAGUUUGGGUAUGGCCUCUUCCUGUUCCAACAUGACUGCGCACCAGUGCACAAAGCAAGGUCCAUAAAGACAUGGAUGAGCGAGUUUGGUGUGGAAGAACUUGACUGGCCUGCACAGAGUCCUGACCUCAACCCGACAGAGCACCUUUGGGAUGAAUUAGAGUGAAGACUGCGAGCCAGGCCUUCUCGUCCAACAUCAGUGUCUGACCUCACAAAUGCGCUUCUGGAAGAAUGGUCAAAAAUUCCCAUAAACACACUCCUAAACAUUGUGGAAAGCCUUCCCAGAAGAGUUGAAGCUGUUAUAGCUGCAAAGGGUGGGCCGACGUCAUAUUAAACCCUAUGGAUUAAGAAUGGGAUGUCACUUAAGUUCAUAUGCGUCUAAAGGCAGAUGAGCGAAUACUUUUGGCAAUAUAGUGUACAUAUACGCUUUACACACACACUUACACGUGAGCAAAAAACAGAGCCAUCAUGUCAGCGCACACCUGCAUCUCAGUAGGGUUGAAUAUAGUUGUUAAGGUUUACAAUGGAAAACUAUAAACAAAAAUGGUGACACUCGCUGCUGCUGAGAAGUGCUUAAACUUACAUCUUGGCGAGUUUGAAGCGAUGUUACUUCUCACGAGAGCUGCAACAAAUAAAGGUAAUCCCACACGCAAUCUCUCUCAGUUUCUGAGUUUCUCUCUUUUGAUCACACACAAAUGCACACACGCAUGCACAAACGCACUACCUGUUACUCCAGUUAGUGCUCCAGUAAACAGUGCAGUCCUCCGUUGCUAGUUCUAAAGUGACAUUUUCGAACUAGCAACGAAGGCUUGGGCUGUAUCAAAACAAUGCGCUGAAUCUGUGGCAGAAGAAAGUAGUUCCACUCACAAGAGUGCGCCGUGGCCGCAUUACUACCUCGGGUGUGCAUUAUUUUUCAAUAAUUCAACGGCCCGUCAUCAAUAUUCCUCACAUAUACUGUAAUAUAUGUAUAUAUAAAACGCAAGUGCCUUAUGUUUGUGGACUGAUUCAGUGCUGAUGUGAGAGAUGUGUCUUCAGCUGUUUUUUGAAUGUUGGGAAGGUCUCAACAGAUCAGGUGGGGGUUGGAAGCACAUUCAACCACUGAGGAACAGAGAAUGUGAAUGAUCUGGAGAGCGACUUUGUGCCUCGUUGCAACGGAACCACCAGGCGUCGAGCGAGAGGGGACAUAGCCAAAUACUGUUAAGUAAAGUAGUGUAGUGUAGUGCAACUGCAAGUGUAACGGUGGCCAGCUGAUAGAUAGACAGCUGUGCAAUGUGUAUAAACCUCACUCUCCUGACCUCAAGAGGUGCAAUAGCAACUGAUGCUAGAGGCUAUAGCCUCCUUGUUAGCGCACCCACCUCCCAUGCCAGAGACACCUGUUCGAGUGCCAUACGAAGCAGGUAGAACAGGAGCAUCACAAUGGUGCCGUGACCCGGAUGGGAGUGAGGUUUAGGGGGGUGAGUGUAACAGUGGCCAGCUGAUAGAUAGUUGUGCAAUGUGUAUAAACCUCACUCUCUUGACCUCAAGAGGUGCACUAGCGACUGACACUAGAGGCUGUAGCCUUUAGCCUUCUUGUUAGCGCACCCGCCUCCCAUGCCGAAGAUGCCGGUUCAAGUCCCAUACGGAGCAGGUAGAACAGGAGCGUCACACAAGCAUAUGUCGUAUGCCCACCUAUUUUUCUAAGGAUUUUGCAUAUGCCCACAAAAAAAUAAGUAAUGAUACGUAACCAAGGCCACCAGAACAACGAGCUGGCUUUUGACCCGUAACUUUUCAAACUACUGAGGCAAU